UCUAACACGAGAUUACACGCGUGCAUCGACUGUAUUCACUUCCGGUGAAUAUUAUUCGAUCGUGUGUAUGUUAAAUAUGCCUCAUCCACGUAAAUAUAGGCAUACUUGGGGACCAAUGCAUAUUUUGAUAACGAUCAGCCUACUGAUUAAAGGGACACUUAGUGAAGUUACAGCUCUUAAUGGUGCAAACCUCGGAAGUGUUAUAGGUUCGAAUGAGGUGCUAUUUAUUAACUUUUAUGCUGACUGGUGUAGAUUUAGUCAGAUUUUAACACCCGUCUUUGAAGAAGCAUCUAAUAAAAUUAAAGAAGAAUUUCCUACCCCAGGAAAAAUUGCUUUUGCAAAAGUAGAUUGUGAUGCAGAAUCUGAUAUAGCCAGUCAAUACCAUAUUUCAAAAUAUCCGACUCUGAAGUUGGUUCGCAAUGGACAGCUCAUAAAGAAAGAAUACAGAGGACAAAGAUCUGUUGACGCUUUAGUGCAGUUUGUUAAGGACCAAGUCCGAGAUUCUGUUCAGCAACACUCCACCUUAGAGUCUAUGGACGAGCUAAAUGAGAAGAAGAGACAUGUCAUUGGAUAUUUUGCUGAUGUUAACUCCGAUGGUUAUAGGUUAUUUACCAAAGUAGCAAGUACUCUACGAGAAGAAUGUGAAUUCCAUUCUGCAGUGGGGCCUGUGUCAGAGCAUGAGAGAUCCAUGGGAGAUAGAGUGGUCUAUAGAGCCCCUCAGACCACUCAUCAGGACAUUGCCUACAUUGGGAGCCUGACAGAUUUUGAUAGUCUUUUACACUGGGCUCAGCAGAGCUGUGUUCCUCUUGUCAGGGAGAUCACGUUUGAUAAUGCUGAGGAAUUAACAGAAGAAGGUUUGCCAUUCCUGAUCCUGUUCCAUCACCCAGAUGACAAAGAUAUCACACAGAGGUUUUCUACCGUUGUCCAGCAACAGCUGAUGUCAGAGAAAUCGUCUGUGAACUUCCUGGUUGCCGAUGGGUUGAAGUUUAAGCACCCUCUUCAUCACCUCGGUAAAUCGGAGUCGGAUCUGCCCGUCCUGGCCAUCGAUAGUUUUCGUCACAUGUAUUUGUUUCCACAUGAUGUUAAAACUGAUCUGGAGAAACCAGGGAUGUUGUCCCAAUUCAUAGCUGAUCUACACUCAGGAAAACUUCAUAGGGAGUUCCACCAUGGACCGGACCCCACAACUGAUUACCCUACUCCCCCACCCCCAGAGUCCAUUAAUGCAGAGCAGAAACCGGAGGAGAAAACUGACCAUAUCCCCCAUGAUGUGAACAAGGACAACGGCCCUAAGCAGCCCACUUCAGUCCCAGAAUCCACCUUCAGAAAGCUGGCUCCCUCUAGAAACAGAUAUACAAUAUUGAGAGACGAGUUAUGAUGACAUUGCAGAUAUUCUUAGAGAGUGAGAAUAAUUUAUUUUAUAAGGGGUCAGUGGUGUAAAUUGAGACAUUCUCGUUUUAAAUUUGAAUUUAUUGGACGAGCAAAUUGUGAAUUCUAAUGGUUUGUCUGACCGUAUUAAUUUUUUUAUUGUGUACAAGUAAACACAGAAGAGCUCGUGUAACAGUUGCUGUAAAAUGAUGCUUUUUUGCGAAAGGGGGUUUUAUAUUUAGCAUUAUAUUUUUUGUGUCAUCAUUUCACGAAUAUGCCUAGAUUAUAACAGCAGGAAAAAAAUUCAUACAUGUAUCUCUUUUCUUUAAAGACAAAUUUUUCAUAUAAACCGAAAAAUGAAAAUUUCGUUCAUGUAAUAAAUUAUGUUCUGACUUUUGUUUUGCAUUUAUAGUCAUACAACUAUUUCUUGUUGAGAAUUUCAGUUCAGUACAGAUGUACUGGACAUUACCAUGCAGCAUUUGUUUCAGAUAAACACUAAAAUAUUCACGUGACAUGUUGUGCAUUCUUCAUUUUAAAUGAUGCUACAGGUAUCUAGAAAUGUAUUUUCACAUAUAAUUAUAUGGAUGUGCUGUUGUUUUGGACAUUCACAUUUUGCAGUGUUAUAAAAUGAUCAUAAGUUACUUGAUGCAUCAGUUUUUAUUGUGUUGACAAAGGUGGUUUGUAUUUUCAAAUUAUGCACGAGUUAGUAUAUUACAAUCAGAUUUUUUUUAGAUAUACAGUUUUGUCAACAUCGAUUGUUUUUUUAUUGAACUGUAUUUUUCAUACUCACAGAUUGUACAAAGUUUCUUAAGUAUCAGUCAAGUACCAUUUAGAAAAUCUUUGAUAUCAAUAAGUACAAGAUUGAGAAGGAACAUUUUAGUACCAUUUCUCAAGCUUUAAACUGCCAGGAUUUAAAGAAACCCCCAGACUUCUUGUAUCUGAUCAAAAAUGGUUUAAUCACAACUGUGUAUGUUCUGUGUUUUACAAAUGCAGACUCAUUUUGGUUGGAAUAAAAGAAAAGAUAAUGAAGAUGUGUAAACCUAUGCAUUUUUUAAAAAGAUUAUUGUUACGGUACUACAUAUAGAUGUACAUUUUUUUGAGUUGCUGCAUACAAAUAAUGUUUACAUAAGACUCAUGGUUGAUUGUGUAGAAGACAAGUGUGAAUGGUUAGAGUAAUUGAAACAUGGACGUACAGGGAUCAAAUGCAGAAUUUACUGUCCAUAAUCCAGCGAGGUGUUGAUGCAGUUAUUCUGUGAAUGUAAGCACACGGGAUAAGGAUUAUGGAGAGAGAUGGAGUAUUUAAAAUGUAUAUGGGAAAUACUAUGUUGAUGAUUGCAAGAUGUACUGCAAAUGUUUUCUUCAAAAUCAUUGAUGUAUUGAACUUGCAAUUAAAAUUAUUUCUCCUUGAGA